AUGCAAGCAUUACACGCACCGUCACCUAUGACAAGCACUUUGAGUGCAAAAUCACGCGGAUCAUUCAGCGAGAUAGACCCAGAGAGCCAUGUCUAUAUCGUACGAACGGAGUCACCCCAGUGGAGUUGGUCUACUAUCGAGUGUCGGAUGUGGCUUUUAAGAUUACUGAGGGAUUACAUGGGCUUAGAGCCUGAUGUCGCCGUACGAUACGCAUUGCAGUUUGAUGGCCAAGGCUCGACAUUGUUAAGACAACCUGCUGAGAGAUGGAUGGCGGAUUUCGGAGAUUCUCUUGGCGACGUUAUCUAUACCACGAUCAACGGUUACCACGGUCAGUGA